AUGAGUUAUUGGAAUACUAUAGAUGAAGUCUUUUUAAAAUAAAACAUUCAACGAGAGUUACGUUGACAAUUAAAAGAGGACGUGUUUAAAUAUAAUAUCAUAUUGGUACAUUUCCAGUGCGUCAUCACCUAUUGAACACAUUAUGCCACAUACUGGUCAAGCUGGUGUUAACCAAUUAGGUGGAGUAUUUGUCAACGGUCGCCCAUUGCCCGACUACGUUAGAAGGCGUAUAGUACAGCUAGCUCUAUUAGGUGUCCGCCCAUGUGAUAUAUCUCGACAACUUCUGGUUUCACAUGGAUGCGUAUCAAAAAUCCUAACUAGAUUUUAUGAAACUGGCUCAAUACGGCCAGGCUCUAUCGGAGGUGCUGGAUUGCAAAAAAAUAAGAUUACACAAGGACAUUUUUCAAAAAAAAGUACCAGAUGCAAACAAGAUGUAUCAAACAGAAUGGUCGGAUCUCUAAUUACACCUUCUCCUAUACGCAACCUCCCUUGGAUGCAUCCUUUAGACUUGUACUACGAACGAAUCCAUCAGCACAUUCACGAAAAUGGAUCCGCGAGCAUCGCAGGCGAACCAUCCAACGGCCAACCAGCGCCGCCAGGUCCGAAGAAGCCGCAUACGCCAUACACCAUCGAAGAGAUAUUGAAACCCACGGCACCGCGGCCGCGGCCACCAUCGCCGUGUGGCCUACUCGUGGACGGCGUGUGCACGUGCGGCCUCACUGCAGGCAGCUCCGUAGUGUCAGCGGCGUAUUACGUCGACGUGCAGCAGCAGCAGCAACAGCAGCAAUUUAUGUGCAGUCAGUCACAUCGUUAUUAAAACUGCAACUAUUGUAUACCUCU